CACUGAAACGUGGUGGUCUUCAAACUUCUGUGCUGCAGCAGGUUGAAGAAAGAGAAUAUUCCUUCUUGCCGAAGAAUCUCGCAAAUCCAAUCCAACACAACACCUUCUCAUUUCCUUGUCCUAACACCCAUAUUUCCCACCAAUUCUCCCCUCAAAAUUCCCAACUAUUUUCCCAGAAAAUUCACAACUUUCCCAACAAAACCAGCCCCAAGUUCCCAAAUCCGAAAAUGACGACAAUCAAAGACCCAAGUCUCGCAAUUGACGAAUCGGCUUGCGCCAUUGACUUCUCCGACUUCCCCGAGGACGUACAGCUCUGCAUCCUCUCCUUCCUCACGCCUCCCGAUGUCGCCAGUUUCGCCUGCACAUCGAAACGGUUCGAUUCGCUCUGCAAAUCCGACGUCAAGCUCUGGUUCAACAUGUGCUAUCGCAGGUGGGGAUCCAAGACCCAGAUCAAGAAAUGGGGAAAUGGGAAAAUCACGUACAGGAAUCUCUACCAGACCCUCAGCGAUUGGGAGAAUCUGAUUGGGUUCUGGCGCCAGGGCGGCGUCGAGACAUCGCCGCUGUUGAUUUUUUUCGAGUGGGGCCCGUCGUUCGUGACGGGGUUCCGAGUAUCUCCGGCCAAGGACGGCACGUACGGCGUCGUAAAGGCGCCGUUUUUGUGGAUGAGCCUCUCGCCGGAGGGGCAAGUCGUGAACUUUCUGGACCCGGAAGGCCGGCCCGAGAUUUUGGAAGAUUUCGCGGAUUCCGACCGGUUCAAAUUUCCGGAGAACGAAUUGGUUCCGCUGAAUGUGAGAUUGGUGGGGAAGACCUAUUUUGUUGUGGAGGAAGAUACAGGCUUUGGGGCUCGGAGACGUUUGAGCUCAGGGAGUGGCCGCGUAAACGGCGGCGUGGUCGACGAGGAUGUGAUUGGAGCCGCCGAGGGUAGUGGCUCUCCGGGGACCUCGCCAGACCAGGCGGUGGUGGAGAUAUAUCAGUACUUUGCGAACCGGAUCAGCCCGGGUGCGGAUAGAUCUUCCAGGAGGCAGAGGAGGAAAGAGAAGGAAAGGAAAGCAAGGAGGAAGCUGGAGCCUCAGCAUUAUGUCAAGAUUGUUGAUUGCUCGCCUACGGCGGCUAGGCCUUUGCAGGGCCUCUGGAAGGGAAUUUAUGAUGACAUGGCCUUGGGAUUUUACCUUGUUGCAUAUGAUAACAUUGGGGGCAUUUCCUGCCAAAAGAUUUGCAACCCGUCGGAAAAUUUAUGCCAUUUAAUGCGUUUUAUCAGCAAGCAACCAGUGUUUUGGGCAGCGAGCCCUACUUUUAUUGAGUCUCCGAUUUCCCCAGAGGAAGAAAAUUUGUACACUAGUCGUGUACAUCUUCGACCAAGUGCAGCAGAGGAUCACACUCAUCAGCAUCUCCCGCUCACGGGAAAUGAGGGGGUCUCCCGCAUUCUGCGCAUAAACUUCAGUCAUGAUCUAGCUCUUCCGGACUGGGUCGGACCUAACCCACCGCAUGCACAUGGAAGGAUUUGGCAGUAUGGGGAUGGAACAUUUGGGUUUGGAUCCCUUCAAGAUAGUUUUAUCAGAGACUUGAAGCAUGUUGCCAAAAAUGGUUGUCUUCUUGAUACCGUGGAUCCUUUGUCGUGACGAAUGUACUCUUUUCGGAAUGUUUCAUUUUUUUGUUUAUUUUUGUACAGAAUUAAACUGCAGUCAUAAUUCCGAUGACUGAAUUUAUUCGCAUUUCAGAUUUUCUCUUGUAGAAUCAUCUAAUGAGAUGUUCAAUAAUCAGUUGGCUCAUAUCUGAA